UGUAUUUCGCAACUUGAGUAAUGAUUUAGGUGCACGCGGGAUGUUAGUAGAUAUUUUGAAAAAGGGUCGGUGCUAGGAGGAUCACCAAUACUGUGUGCUAAUUAAUUAGCGCAUUUCUUGAUUUUAGGGGCUUUACACACUCAAAUAAUUCAAUCUACGUAACGUCUCCCCUGGACUUUGUAUGCGAUAUAUCGAAAUCGUUGCUUUCGAACGCCUUCUCAAGAUCUUCGUCGUUUUCCAACUACUUUUUGCGGACGAAUCAACAUCCACCGAAGACUUAUGGCCAUGUGGCGGCAGCUCGCUGACGAUGACGUUGAAUCUCUUCUGCGCGUCGCAGACAUCAUUGACACCGAAUUGCCAGAGAGCCAUGAUGUCGUUGCAGAACGAUUAAAGCUAUUCCCGGAUGGCUGUUUAGCGCUUACAGAGAACGGAGAACUCUGUGGGUAUGCCAUUUCACAUCCUAUUCGUCGUCGCCAGCCUCCAGCAUUGGACAGUCUACUUGGAGGGAUAGCUCUCGACGCAGACCAGUACUACAUCCACGAUGUUUGCGUCCUACCUGAGCUCCGUGGGAAGGGUCUAGCCGCGCAAGCCAUCAGCAAGCUCCUUGGAAUUGCCGAACGUUACUCAAGCGCCUGUCUCGUGUCUGUUUAUGGAACCGCGCGAUUCUGGGCACGCUACGGUUUCCUCCCGCCACCAUCUAUCGACGAAGUUCUGUUGGUCAAAGUACGCGGAUAUGGAGACGAUGCUACCUAUCUUGAACGUCUUAAAGUAUAGUAAUAGCCUUGUAAGUGGCUCCGAUCGUAUCCCGAGCCUGUCAACCAGAAAAGAGAAUGCGGUCCGACCGUUCAGCGCCUAUUAGGAUGGCUAGUUAGAAAUUUUGAACCGCUUUUGAGAUCAAUUAUGUCGACAUAUAACCGCACCCACCUUUGCAUAUACCCAGG